AUGUUUGGUCAGGUAGUUAUAGGACCGCCAGGCAGCGGAAAGUCCACUUACUGUUAUGGGAUGCACCAAUUUCUCAAUGCAUUAGGAAGAAAGAACGCCAUAAUCAACCUUGACCCCGCCAAUGAUCAUCUCCAAUAUCCAUGUGCCUUAGACAUACGAGAGUUUAUAACAUUGGAAGACGUAAUGACAGAGACGAACUUGGGUCCCAACGGAGGCCUUAUGUAUGCCAUGGAACUGCUCAGAGAGUCGGCCAAUGAAUUCAUAGACAAAGUAGUUGAUAUUUGUCUCAAACAGAGAAACUAUGUAUUGUUUGAUUGUCCCGGACAAGUGGAAUUGUUCACUCAUGAUAACUCAUUAGGAUGGAUCUUCCGGAAGUUGAACAAACAACUAAGACUUUGUGUGGUACAGUUGAUUGAUGUGAACUAUUUAAUGCCAGCAUCCAACUAUAUUAGUGUGCUUUUGCUUGCACUUAGAGCGAUGCUUCAAUUGGAUCUCCCUCAAGUCAACGUGCUAUCGAAAAUAGAUAUGGUGCUGAAUUUUGCUCAUGAACUCCCGUACAAAUUGGACUAUUAUACGGAUGUUAACGAUUUACAUUAUCUCAUUCCUCACGUGGAGGCUGAAUUCAAACGGUCGCCCUUGAGUGGAAACUUCAUAAGACUCACAGAAGCCAUUGCUGACUUGAUAGAGUCCUACGGCUUGGUUCAAUUUGAAGUGCUCGCCAUAGAAGACAAACAGUCCAUGAUCAAAUUGCUUACGGUUGUAGACAAGGCCAUGGGGUAUGCUCUUGGUACCAACGAGGUUGGUGGUGAUACAGUGUGGACAGAUGCCAUGCGCAUUGGGGGAUUGAAGGAGUUACAAGAUAUUGAUAUCCACGAGAGGUGGGUGGAUAAUAAAGCUGAGUAUGAGAAACAACAACACGAUCUAGAACAGGAAUUACAACAGGAAAACCUUCAAAAACCAUUGGAAACAUCAGAGGAUGAAUGGGAACGAGAUCUCAAGCAAUGGCAACAACAAAAUCAAUAG